AUGAUGAAGGCCGACGAUCACUACGAGCAGGAUGAGGAGCGGCAGAGCGAGCGGCGCCUGGCGCGGGUCUGGGCGUGCGCCUCGCUGGUGGUGGGCUCUUUGCUGGUCUUGGCGUCAAUGAUCGGCUCCCAGUCCGAGGCCAUUCUGCUGAUGGACCGCGUGGUGCGCCUGGACACCGCGGGGCCCUACGGCGGAGACCUGGACGGCGCCUCGCGGGUGCUCACCACGCUGUCGCUGGUGCACGUCUUGCUCUUCGUGGGCUUCGCAGUGGUGGUCACCAGCCUCCUGGGCCUCACCGCCACCCAAGGACGGCACAAGUGUCUGGCGGCCUCCUACGCCAUCAGCUCCGCGUCCCUCGCCGCGGUGACGCUGAUCCUGGCGCUGCAGGUGCUGCAGCGGAUCCAGGUGGUGACCCCAAUGGUCGGGCGCCAGGUGGAGCACUUGUGCAAUGCCACCACCUACAUUCAGAUGGGCUCGGCUUUGGAAUGCCACUGGGCCUCCCACUACGCCGGGGAGGGGGUGCAGCCCUGUGGGGUGGCCUGCAACUGGAAGGUGUCCAUGCUGCAGCAGAAGGGCUGUCACCUCAUGCCGCAGUUGUGCGAAGCCUUCGACUACCAGGCGCUGCCGGCCGCCAACUGCAGCCAGUUGCUGGGAGAGGCCAGCCAGACACUGCCCUCGCAGCGCCUUUUCGUGGCCUCGGCGGGCGAGGCGAAUUGCAGGCGUGCAUGUGACAAGGACAUCCAGUGCCGAGAUUUCGCUCACGAGGAAGCUUCGAAGCUGUGCCUGCACUUUAGCGGCACAGCCGGGGACCCAGAGGCUGCUUAG